UGCCAUUAAAUUCUCUCUCCAAUCAUCGUCUUUCUCCUCCUCUGACUUUUUCCCCAGAAACUUCCUUGCCCUUUUGCUGGCUUCGAUUCUCAAACCUCAGUCCCUCACUGAUCAUUAACACAAAAUUAACCAUAAAUUCACUAAAUUUUCAUUAUUACUCUUUAUUCAGAUGUCUUGGAUCUUCAAGACUUUCCAAUCCAACGACGAUCUCCAAUCUCCUCAUCCUCACACAGCCGUUACAUCCUCGUCUUCACCGGAGCGGAGCUCCUCCGGCGAUCGCCGCGGUAGCUCUGCUCUCAAAGGUGACGUAUCCUCUCUUCUCCGAGGCGUCGCCAAUUUCCUCGCUCCGCCGCCAUCUUCUUCUUCCGCCGGCCAUUCUGUGGACUCGUCGUCAAGAAGUCUUGAUGUCGAUGGGAUCAGGAACGAUCUCGUGGAGAUCGGUGGAACCUUCAAGAGCUCGCUCUCCCUUCUCUCCUCCAACAAAGUUUUCACUGGAAUUUCCGAGCUUACUUCUCAGUUUUUGCAGUCUGAGGGCCAUGUUUUAGAUGAUGAUCAAGAAGAUGGUAAUGGUAAAGGUGAUCAUCGGAAUGAUGGGGUUGUGCCGGGCACGACGGAUGAGGUUGUUCGUUUUGUGAGAGAAAUUGCUAGGCGGCCCGAGUGUUGGACCGAGUUUCCCUCGCCACUCGAUCAUGAUUUCAGCAUGUCGAAUUCUCAGAGAGAACAUGCGUUGACUAUAGAAACACUGGUGCCUGAGUUGGUUUCACUUAGACUCAAUCUUUGCAGUUACAUGAAUGUGGAAAAAUUCUGGAUGAUCUAUUUUUUGCUAUUGCUUCCAAGACUAAAUCAACAUGAUUUUGAGUGCCUGUCAACCCCCAAGAUUGUUGAAGCAAGGGAUGCGCUUCUGCAGAAACUCCAAGAGAAGAGAAACUGUCAGGUGGAAGAACGUGAACAAUUAAGUCCGGAUCAAGAGCAGAGGGAAGACAGUAUAAUAGGGAGAGAAAAUAUUCCAUCCGAGAAAAACCAUAUUACAGCCGAGAGAAAAGAUGCAGUAACAGGUCUAAAAAUUGAUGACAAGGAAGACGUCUCAUUCAGUGAGCUAGAAGAUGAUGGUAGCGAUCUUUCCGAUAGAACAUCAGGCCAUAGGAGGACCCAUGACACAAGGGGUUCAUCACCUGAUGGAUCUAGCGACUGGGUUCAGCUGAGUGAAAAUUCAGAGAGAGGAGGUGGCGGGUGCGGGGCUGUCCAUUCUAAAGGUAAGGAUUCGGAAGAUGAGUCAAAUGAUUGGCUUGCUGUUGAUGAUUUUUAAUUAGAUUUAUUGAUUGAUUCAGUGAUUGAAAAGAUUCAACUUCUGUCCUAAUUCUGGGGCUCUGUAUUUAGAAAAAUUUCACAAUGGUGUAAAGGAUUUUUUACUCAGUUCUCCCAACUUAAUAUUUUCUGUAUAAAAGUUCCUGUGGCAGCCACAUUUUUCUUAUAUACAGGGAAGGCAAAUAAAAGGGUAGAUACAUGCAAAAAGCUGAAGUGCUGCUGUUUUUAAGUAUUUACUAUUCAGUUUCUUAACAAAAAAUACAAUAAGUGGAAAAUUUCUUGCAGCUUAACAUAUUAUUGUCGUGUUAUUUCCUCUGCCUGGA